CACAAAUCUUCCGUCUCCUUUCUUCCUCGCCGUCUCAUCUCUCGCCCAAACGAUUUCUUCUGUCUUCUCCUUCAACGCCGUCUACCGCCUUUUGGUCCUCUCCGGCUCUCCCUUUCUUCAUCACCGUCUUCACCGUCCAUGUCUCCUCUCCAUCCUUUGUCGCUGUCUCGCCCACAACUCGCGCUUCCUCUCCCUCAUAUGAUUCUGCAUUUUGAUUUUGUUCCACUAGUUUUCCCCUUUGAUACUGCGAUCUACCUUCAAAUCCCAGCCGCAAUAAUGGACGAUGAGCAAUUGGAAGUUUCUUGUGGGAUUAUGCUUUGCUGCUUCACGGCCACAAUAUUGCUAUCAAGGAGAGCUAUCCUGAUGCUUCAUUGGAACGCUGUUGCCCCUUCAAAAUUUGUGAUUCCUGCGGCUACUGUAUCCAAGACUACUAGGAAGGAAAUAAUGAAGGACUGGGCCCUAUCUCCUGAACUGGUCUCCACGAGAGGUUCUUGCUGUGAAUUAAACUUCAAGAGGAAUAAGACAAUUCUUGGGUUGUACUCGUAGCUAUCUUUUGGUAGUUAGUACUUAGUUGGUUUCGUUUAUUUUACCUCGCUGGAUUGGCUUUUUGUUGGGGU